AUGAGGGAGGGGUUGCGAUCUCAGAAAAGGGUCGAGAAACCGGAGAGUAGUGAGAGAGCGGUUCAGGAGAAAGGGAAGGGUAGCGAUGUUUUUGAUGAUUCAUGUGACGAGGGUCAUGAAGGAGAGGCUAUAAAUUUAACUGCAGAAGAGAGGAAGAAGUUAAUGGAGCGCAUAAAAGAGCUAGAACGUCAACUAUUUCUUGGUAGCUCAAGCGCAAACACUAACUUAGAUGAAAACAGUGAUUGUAGUAUUAGAGAGAAGGGAGAAGGGUUGAAGGAUCCAGUGAUGAUUGAUGGUGGAGUGCCCUCGGCGUCAAAGACGAGUGAUGAUUGUGUUGGAGGAAAGAGAAAAUUGGCUGACAUUUAUGAACCUGAUAUGACUCAUUUUGAGUUGAAUUGGGUUGGGGAGAAUGAAAAAGGGAAUGACAUGAGUAGUUUGGAAGAGCAAGAUCAAUUAGUUCAAUCAAAUCCUCCAAAUGAUGACCAAAAUAAUGAUUUUGUUAUGGCACUCGAACGCAUUGCAAGCUUUCAAAACCGUACCAAAGGUGUAAGGAGUUUAACUACGGUACAUGGUGUGAAUAUGGAGAAUGAAGCUAACGAUGGUAUGUGUCCAAAAAGUGCUCAAAAGAAAGAGGUAUUAAAAGAUCUGGGAGGUUCUCAAGCCAAGGGGAGUGAAUUUUGGAAGCAUUUGGAAACUGAGACCAAUGCUAUCAAUGGGGCUGUUGGGGCUGAGAGAAGUGGAAGAAGCAAAACAAAGUUCUCAGUGAGUGAACAAAUAGCAAAUCAGCUCUCAGAUGCGGGAUGGGUAAUUUUCUUUAGACCUAGCAUUGAAAGCGAAAAGUACGAUGAUGCUGUGUAUGUUAGUCCUGAAGGCAAGGCGCAUUGGUCACUCACCUUGGCUUACAACACCCUUAAGCAUCAUUGUGAAGCCGGUGAUGGUGAAGGCAAAGUAUAUGGACCAGGUUUUCGAUUCAAACCAAUACCAGAAGAGGAUAUGAAUAUACUAACUGGGGGAAUGGCCAAGAAUGGACAAAAUGCAACGGGAGGAGGUGGAAUUAGAGUAGUUGAAAAGAAUGACAAAGUGGGAAAACAAAAUGAUGUGGGUUCUUCUUCUACAAGGAGGCUGAGGGAUCGCAGGCCAAGAACAGCACAAAGGAAGAGGCGAUAUGACAUACAUAGAGAAAAACGAACUGUGAUUACCUGGAUGAUUGAUAUGGGUGCAAUUCAGCACAACGAGAGGGUUCUUUAUAUGGAUCAUGAAGGAAAAUGUGCAGUUCUGGAUGGUAGGAUCACUAGAGAUGGCAUUCUGUGUGGGUGCUGUAAUGGAAUUGUAUCCAUUUCGAAGUUCGAAGCUCAUUCAAGACUCGGACACUGUAAUCCACUGACAAAUAUACAUGUGGAGAGAGGAGCUUCUCUCAUGCAAUGCAUGAAAGAUGCAUGGAAUAGACAGGAUGAAUCUUAUCGUAAAGAUUUUCAUUUCAUUGAUGUUAAGGGUGAUGACCACAACGAUGAUGUUUGUUCUCUCUGUGGAGAGAUCGGGGAUCUCAUGUGUUGUGAUGGCUGCCCUUCAACUUUCCAUCCAAGCUGCUUGGGUUUAGAAACAGUUCCAUUGGGUGAUUGGUACUGCAUCCAUUGCCGUUGCAAAUUUUGUGGGUUGAAUGGCGCAGAGCAAAUAGACAACUUUAAAGGUUACUUCGAGUCUAUGUUAUACGGAUGCCGUGUAUGCGAAGAAAGAUAUCACAAAUCCUGUCUUGAGGCCAGUUUCGCCAACAUUGUUCAUGGUCAACAUGCAUAUUUAUGUGGAGACAAAUGUAAAGAGCUAUGUGAGAGAUUUGAAAGGCUUCUUGGGGUUAAACAUGAAAUAAACGAUGGAUUUUAUUGGACUAUUUUAAAACGGUCAGAUAUUGGUUAUGAUGAUUCGCAGAUAGAAUCUCGUAUGGUUGAAUGCAAUUCCAAACUAGCUGUUGCAUUGUCGGCACUCAGCCAUUUCAAUGUUGAGUUGUUGAUCUUACCAGCUAUCCCACAACUCAAAAAAGCUUGGAUUGGUGCUUUUGGGUUUGAGCCAAUUGAUACAAUUAACAAGCAAUUAAUAAAGAAGAUGAAUAUGUUGGUCUUCCCUCACACAGAUACGCUGCAGAAAAAGAUACCAAAGUGUGAUUCUGCAGUUUCCAAUCGUCACAAUAGCCAGAUUGCGCACUGGGGAGCAAAUAACUGGAGUAUGGCGGGUACAUCUGGAUCUCAUUUUGUCUCUUCUUCUGGGAACCCUCCUUCAAAUGCGAUCCAGAUAAACGAUAGAGUCAUGUCUGCUGAACCCGGUUCUUCACGACUUCCCCUUGGGCCAAGUGGUGCUACUAGAAAUGCUAGGUUUCGCAAUUAG